AUGAAGCGGCCGACAGACCAGAUAAAACACUCCAUUCAAAGUAGACGGGACAACAGCAACUCACUCAAAUUUUCAAAGAUCUAUUAUAUUAAACUUGAUUAAACGUUAAUAACAAACAUCACAUCUUAAAACAGGGUUCUCGAAACACUCAAACAAGAUAAAUAAAUAUCGGUGCCUGCAAAUUAAAACUAGAAAGGAAGGAACGCCCACUGAAAAAUAACAGCGAAGGCGUAAAAAUAUACUUCAAUGUUCGAACAGUAAUUAAAACAAAAACCCUCCAAAUGAAGUAGGUUCACCUUGAAUAGCGCAUUUUGAUAUGGCUGCCCUAAAUGACACGCCCACACCUCCUAUGGUCAUAGCAACAAUGCCUGACUUGCAGAGUGUCUCCAUUAAAAUAGAACAGGGUGUGUUACAUGAUGAAUGUGGAAGUGGUGUUAGUGUUCAGAACAGUGAAAGGCUGAGUGAUGACCACAGUCCCAGCAACUAUAAUUUCGGCACAAACUAUAAUCAAUAUAUGAUCAAUAGUGGCGCAAAAACAUAUGCAGACAUCCAGGGAGAUGUAAGAAUUAAAACUGAGCCAGCUACUGAUGUAAAUGACGGCUAUGUCAACAGCAAUGGUGAUAACAAUUCAACGUCGUCGUCCCCCAACACUACAUUGAGGAAUAUCCAUUCACCGUUAAUUGUGUUAACGCCCACCACUAAAAUUGUGCCCACACCAAAUGCUGUCAAUCCGAAAAAGAAAUAUGAAUGUCCCUAUGAAAAUUGCACAAAAAGUUAUGGCAAAAGUUCACAUCUUCGAUCUCACUUAACUUGGCACACCGGCAUUAAACCAUUUGUGUGCACAGCACCGGAUUGUGGAAAAGGCUUCACUAGGUCUGACGAGCUUAACCGACACAUACGAACGCACACUGGUGAAAAGCCUUUUGAAUGCAUACAAUGUGGUAAGAAGUUCUCAAGAAGCGAUCAUCUGACCAAACAUUUGGCUACACAUGCAAAACAACAGAAUGGAAUGGUGGGAGAUGCAUCCUCCACCCCCUUCACACAAGUAGGAAAAAGGCCGAAAUUAAUGAAACAUCUGUCAAGAAACAAUUUACUUCAAAACCAUAAUUCUAAAACCAAUAAUUUUAGUGAUGCGAUGAAAAUUAUGGCUGGUUUCAUAUCGAAGUUUGAAGUCAAAAAUGAGGUGCCUAUAAGUGAAGAUCCAAGAAAUAAUCAUCAGGCACCUGCCAAGGAAAGAGAAACACAUCAUCUACAUCGUCUAUCACCUUUAUCGAAUUGUAGAGAAUCACCAUUUGAAGUUCAGAUAAAAACUGAGCCAAGUUUCGAAAUUGACGAUGCUGGCCCAAAAACGGAAGCAGCACAAUUUGCAAAACAGAGCGGGCUAUAUGAACUGGAUAGAAGAAGACAGGAAUCACAUUUUCAUAAUUAUUCAACGGAAAAUUUCAGAGAAGAGCGGGCCACCUUCUCCAAAAAUAGCCCCGAGAGGAAAAUAACAUUCGAUAGAGCUAACAUAAAUGAAAAUAACAAACAUAAACCAUCAAUGCAUGGCAUAGCUAUGCCGAAAUCAUCGUCAGCAUUCCAUCUGGGAGCCCAAAAACUUCGCAACGAGGAAGAUGAGCCAGAUGAUGAUGCCAUUAUGCCUGAAGCUAAUUUGCCACCCUUACCCUUGCCGUUAGUCAUAGUUCCAAGAGCAAACCCAACAACAACUUCUCAACAUAUAUUACCUCCUCCUUACAAAAGAACCCCAAAAAGAUCGCCAGAGGCUGGUGGUUCAUCUUUUGGCGAUGUAAGACCAUUUCCUUGUACACAAUGUUCAAAGAAAUUCAAACGUCCUGAUGAUCUCAAUCGCCACAUACGAACUCACACUGGUGAAAAGCCUUUCGCAUGCAACGAAUGUGAUAAGCGUUUUAUGCGAAGUGAUCACCUCAAGAAACAUAUGAAUAUUCAUACAAGAAUAAGAUGAUUCUCCUCCUAAGAUGAUGAAGAAAAACCACACACUGCUACUGCAUUGUAUGCGGUGACAAUUUUGAUAAUCUCUUGUAUAUAUAUAUGCAUUAAAUGGAUUGCAAUUCUCAAAUAGUAUUUGUGUAUAUAAAGGUAACUUAGUCAUAACAUUUCAACAUUUAUAAAAAGUAUUUAUAUUUUACUGUGAAAUCUGUCGUACUCUCUUCUAAUUAAUACGUUUUUUUUUUGUGUAUAAAAUACUUUGGUGAUUUGAAUAAAAUUUAAUGUUAAUGCAAAAUAUACGUAUGCAAAUACACCUGUA